CGCCGCGCGGUGUCUGAGGCGGCGGCUCCGCUCCGCGCCCGCCGCGCCCGCUCCCGCCGGUACCGGAGAUUUGUCCUUUCCCCCCUGCAGCGAGUGCCCUGUGUGCCAGAGGAGCUGGGGACACCUGCCCAGGAGCAAUCGAGGAAUCCAGAAAAAAAUCAAGGAAUCCACACAGAGAGAGAACGAACAAGGCUGCUCUGCAGUAGGAAGGAUUCUGCUGUGCUGGGGCCCGGAGCCGAUGGCAGAGAAUGUCCACGACUAACAACAUAGCUCAGGCCCGGAAGCUCGUGGAGCAGCUCCGCAUCGAGGCCGGGAUCGAGAGGAUCAAGGUCUCCAAAGCAUCCUCGGAGCUGAUGAAUUACUGUGAGCAGCAUGCUCGGAAUGAUCCUCUCCUGGUGGGAGUUCCUGCUUCUGAGAAUCCCUUUAAGGACAAAAAGCCCUGUAUCAUCCUAUAGCUGUGGAUCCUUCUGGAAGGAAAUCCCCAUCCAGCCUCUGGAUCCAGGCUCCUCCACAGCUCCACCUGCACCCAGGGGUAAAAACUCAACGCUGGCUUCAAACAGAACUUAACAAUUCCUGAGAAAAACAAACAAACAAACAAAAAAUCCAAGAAAAACAAACAAACAAACAAACAAAAACCCAGCGAAAAACAAAAAUACCCAAAAAAAACCACCCAAAAAAAAGUAAAUUUGGAAGUGGGGUUUUUAGGGAAGGGGUGGCUGCUUCCUGGGAAGGAAAGUGGGAUUAAGAAUUGGAAUCAGGAUUUUAAAAUUUAC